UCAUUACUUCAAAACCAUCAUAUCAUUAUUCAAAUCCUGAAUUAUUGUAGGGUCGGUCAGAUAAUUGCUUUAAAUGUUAGUGAAAACUGAACCUGGGCAUGUAGAUGCUUAUUAAUUAUCAUAAUUCUGAUGUAGGCUUUUAGUGGUGUGAACUGUUCUGGUGCCUUAACUCAUAAACCAUACUGCAUGGUUGUAAAGCUCAAUUGGGUCGCGUAAGCCAUACCAUUUAUGUAGCCAGUAAAAGAAGAAAAGCCACGGAAAAAGAGAAGAAUUUUUGAAGUGUUUUCUUUUUUUCUUCAUGUCCAAGUGAUGCCAUUUGCAAGGCUACAUCAAGUGAUUAUAACAAAUGUUGUGCAGAGGGAGCCAAUGUGAUUUGACUUUUUAAGAUACCAUGUGGAAGUGACUUAUGAAGUUGAUGAUCCGAAAUAUUAGGCAACAGAUGGGUCCUUUUUGAUCUUAUAAAUAGUGGCAUUCAAACACUAGGUUUCUCGCUCAAACAUACCAAAUUCCCUUGAAUAUACUGAGAACUAAUUCAAGGGUUUUGCUCCAAAUGGCUCAUUUCAAAAUGCAAGUUGUUGUUCCAAUUCUCCUGCUGAUGCUAAUGGCAGCAGCAGAGGCAAAAACUCCUCCAGGGAUUGCUAAGAAUCCAAGCAAUGCAAGGUGUUUGAUAAAAAAAUACAAGCAUUGUUACAAUCUUGUGCAUGUGUGCCCCAAGUUUUGCCCUGAUAAAUGCACAGUGGAGUGUGUCUCUUGUAAGCCCAUCUGUUCUGGGGCCUCAAGCCCUCCUCCACCUGUUUCUCCCACCCCUUCACCUGCACCACCAACAUAUUAUUCUCCUCCUCCUCCUCAAGCUAAACCAACUCCACCACCAUCUCCACCAACCCCCACACCCUCAACUCCAUCUCCAACACCACCAACUACAGCUCCAACACUUCCUACUCCCUCGCCUUCACCUUCCCCACCACCACCGGCACCACAUUACCAAUCACCUCCUCCUACUCCUUCACCUCCUACGCCGUCUCCACCUACUUCUCCUCCUCCAUCAACUCCUACACCAUCUCCACCUACUUCCUCUUCUCCUUCUCCAACUCCUUCAACCUCACCAAAAAAGGCCAAGUGCAAGAACAAGUACUACCCCCAAUGUUACAACAUAGAACAUGUAUGCCCCAGUUCUUGCCCUGGUGGAUGUGAGGUUGACUGUGUCACUUGCAAGCCAGUCUGCAAGUGUGAUCAGCCAGGAGCAGUGUGUCAAGACCCCCGUUUCAUAGGCGGCGAUGGCAUCACCUUUUACUUCCACGGCAAGAAAGACCGUGAUUUCUGUCUCUUAUCCGACCCCAACCUCCACAUCAACGCUCACUUCAUCGGCAGGCGCAACCACAACAUGAAGAGGGACUUCACUUGGGUCCAGUCCAUUGCCAUCCUCUUUGGCAAACACCAGCUCUUCCUUGGUGCCCAAAAGACCGCCACGUGGGACGACUCCACUGACCGCCUUGCCCUCUCCUUUGAUGGCGAGCCCAUCACCCUUCCUGAAUCCGAAGGCGCCAGGUGGCAAUCCACAAGUGUUCCAACUGUAUCCCUUACCAGGGGGGGUGACACCAACAAUGUGAUGGUUGAAGUUGAAGGGAGCUUUAGGAUCACAGCCAAGGUUGUGCCCAUAACUGAAGAAGACUCAAGGAUUCACAACUAUGGCAUUACCAAAGAUAACACAUUUGCUCAUCUUGAUCUUGGGUUUAAGUUCUUCUCUUUGAGCAACCAAGUGAGUGGUGUGUUGGGUCAAACUUACAGACCCCACUAUGUGAGCCGGGUCAACAUUGGAGCCAACAUGCCGGUGAUGGGAGGGGAUAGAGAUUUUGAAACUUCCAGCUUUUUCGCCACGGAUUGCGCCAUUGCAAGGUUUAAUAAUGGUAGCAGUGUUGGCUCUGGAAGUGAAGUUAAUUCUUUGGAGGGUUUGGAGUUGCCAAGCUUGAGCUGUGCAAGUGGAAUGGAUGGUCAAGGUGUUGUGUGCAAAAGAUAGACGAUCAUUUUGUCUUAUCUCAAGGGGAAAUAGAGUUCAUGGAAACAAAUAACAAGCACUCAUGCCCGACUCCAAUUUAAUGUGCCAAUUUGAAUUUAUUUAUGAAUAAUUAAUAAUUAAACUGUAUUCUUCCCACUAUUUGGCAAUUGUAUAAUCUAGUGAAAGUCUGAGGGUUUUUAUGUUUUGGUUUAAAUGAUAUAAAACCAAGAAUUGUUAUGGC